AGUUCAGCCCAUUAAGGCAAGAUAAUGUGGCCAGAUCCGGACUGCUGCUGGGACUGCAGUGACAAACAUAGAAGGAUAGUGCUUUUUUGCUAAUAUUCAUUAGUGUGUGCUUUCGGUGUGUGUGUGUGUGUGUGUGUGUGUGUGUGUGUGUGUGUGUUAACGUAUAUGUGAACAUGUGCUGCAAUAUUUCGCUUUCUCCACUUUUAAUAUUCCUUGGCUGGCAUAGCUAAAGUCUCCCUAAACCUCCCUUCCACCAAGGCCACAGCAGCCUGCAGGGUUACUGGGGCCAGCUGUGAAUCUGUCACUCCACAAUCGGCUUUAAUUUCACACCUUCUCUCCAUCAGGCGUUAAUCCGACCAGGGACAGUGGCGUGGUGCACAGCAGUCUACACUCCCAGCCUCCGAGGAAGAGGGAGGGUGCAACUUUCAGUACCCAUAUGAUACGAUAAUGACAUGGUGAUGGUAGAGUAGAUACGUAGAUAUAGUUUUCUCUCGAAAAAUGCCAAAUAAAAUAGAAUAGACCAAAAGAAUAUGCACAUUUUUGGACCAAAUAUUAACAAUCUUGUAAAAUUGAGAUUAUUCUAAAAAGUAACCUACAGUCAGUUUCAAGGCUCCUCCCUCCGUGAAUAGUGGGGGAGUCUAGAAACCGGACCGCAACCCUCACAGACAGUUGGAGGAGACAGAUAAUGGCUACACACUGACAACAGAUGGAUUUAAAACCUCUUCCGAGUAUCCGAGGUAAAUUGUGGAAGCGACCACACAAGGAUAUACUGUAAUGUAUGUAGCCUGUCAGAAAAGUAUUGUCGUUUAUGAUUUUGUUUUAUUCGGGAAAAUAAUCCCGUGGUCUCGAGCCUGCGUGUUUACGCGCAGACAUAAAGUCGCGUGUUAGAAUUAAUUUGGAAUGGGGAACAACCAAGUUUGUAUUAUAUCUUCCCAUUUGCUGGUUCUGAUUAUUCUUGCACUUCUACGGGGAGCAGAUGGUCAGCAUGGCCUCCGUGGAAUGUCCGUUCCUGAACAUGGCUUUUGCCAACCUAUUUCCAUUCCUCUCUGUAUGGAUAUUGCCUAUAACGAGACUAUCAUGCCAAAUCUAUUAGGGCACAUGAACCAAGAGGACGCCGGGCUUGAAGUGCACCAGUUCUAUCCGCUUGUGAAAGUUCAAUGCUCUCCUGACCUGAAGUUUUUCCUCUGCUCCAUGUAUACCCCCGUUUGUACGGUGCUGGAACAAGCACUGCCUCCGUGUCGCUCGCUCUGCGAGAGAGCGAGGCAGGGCUGCGAGGCACUGAUGAAUAAAUUUGGUUUCCAGUGGCCUGACAGCCUCGCCUGUGAAUCUUUCCCUGUUCACGGAGCGGGUGAGUUGUGCGUCGGGCAAAACGUGUCCGAUAGAAGCACUCCUAUUAAUCCUACCUCGGAUGUAACAGAAUCACCUUAUGGGCAGCGUAGGACUGUAAAGGGACAGUUUCGAUGCCCAGUUGCAUUGAGAGUACCCCCCUAUUUGAACUACCGUUUUCUUGGGGAGGAGGAUUGUGGUGCACCUUGUGAGCCCUCAAAACCACAUGGAAUGAUGUACUUCAGUGAGGCUGAGUUGAAAUUCGCCAAGAUCUGGAUUGGAAUAUGGUCUGUGUUAUGCUGCGGGUCCACUCUGUUCACAUUUUUGACCUACUUGGUGGACAUGCAGAGGUUCAGCUACCCAGAGCGACCCAUCAUUUUCCUAUCAGGCUGCUACUCCAUAGUAUCAUUAGCCUACAUCGCUGGCUUCUUGUUGGGGGACAAGGUGGUGUGCAACAACCGCUUUGACAGCGACGUCAAAACAGUCAUCCAAGGCACCAAAAAGGAGGGCUGCACCAUUUUGUUCAUGAUGCUCUACUUUUUCAGCAUGGCCAGCUCCAUCUGGUGGGUCAUCCUGGCCUUGACGUGGUUCUUGUCAGCCGGGAUGAAGUGGGGUCACGAGGCCAUCGAAGCCAACUCGCAGUACUUCCACCUGGUGGCAUGGGCGGUACCCGCCAUCAAGACCUUCACCAUCCUGGCGGUGGGGCAGGUGGACGGCGACGUUCUGAGUGGUGUGUGCUACGUGGGCAUUAACAGCGUGCACGCUCUCAGAGGCUUUGUUCUGGCGCCGCUCUUCAUCUACCUCUUCCUGGGGACCUCAUUCCUUCUGGCCGGCUUUGUGUCGCUCUUCCGCAUCCGGACCAUCAUGAAGCAUGACAGCAUCAAGACGGAGAAGCUGGAGAAGCUCAUGGUGCGCAUCGGCAUCUUCAGCGUGCUCUACACGGUGCCCGCCACCGUCGUCAUCGCGUGCUACUUCUAUGAGCAGGCGUUCAGGGAACAGUGGGAGAAAAGUUGGGUGAGUCGGACGUGUAAGAACUACGCAGUGCCGUGCCCUGGGCACGACCACCCGCAGAUGUCGCCAGACUUUACCGUCUUCAUGAUCAAGUACCUGAUGAUGUUGAUUGUGGGUAUCACCUCUGGCUUCUGGAUUUGGUCGAGUAAGACGUUGAAUUCGUGGAGGAGAUUUUAUACGAGACUGGCGAGCAAUAAACAGGGUGAGACAACAGUGUAAGACCUAAUACUGUUUGUUGUCCCCUGAACACACACACACACACACACACACACAGAUGCAUGAACUGAAGAAAAAGCUACUGUGACACACUUUAAAAAAAAAAGUUACAAAUAAGCUUUUUUGGGGAGACAUUUUUACAUAUUUGUAUUUAAAAUAGCCCACACAUCUGAUUCUAAUCUAUCACACUUUGAUAUAAAAAGAAGGAAAGCUCUUAUCUAGUUCAAUGAGGAGAAUUAGACUAUCUGAACUUUUUCAUUAAUUCUAUUUGUGCUCCAUUGAACUUUUUCAUGUCAUCCUAUUAGUGGUGUUUCAUGUGAACUAUGGGAAGAUCUCAAUUACGUACUCCUCGCAUCCUCAUCUCCUUCUCAAAAAGGAAUUGGAUGAGAGCCAGUGUUCACUCCCCUGUGCAAUUUAGAUCUUCCCUGUAUUUGAGAAACAGUCAUCAAGGUUCUGUUGGACUUUUGCUGUAUUUUAUGGGUCAUAAUAACCUUUUUCACAAUCAUUCCAUAGACCACUAUUUCAAAACUGGUUACUGGCCACUUCAUAGUUUAUUCUCGUUUUUAUUGAUGUUUGUUUUACCAUGUGUUUUUAUGGGAUAUCUGAGCAUUCAUUUUUCUUUCACCAUGUGUAUUUUGUGUUUUGGGGAUAUUUUACCAUUAAAGUGAAUGCAGACUUCUCCAAAGAAAUAUUAGAUUAGGGGAUGAGAUCAAUACCCCUAUGUGUAAACAAAAGCCUGUCGCUAUUGAACUACUUUGAAUUUAGCACUCAUUCAAAGGCCUUCUACUUACGGGGAUAGAUCCAAAAUGAUUACUUUCUGCACACACAAGCUAUAUGACUGGAAUUGACUUUGACAAUAAUGGAAUGCUCAGUCCAGUGCCUUUGUUUUAAGAGAGUAUGGGUGGAGUUAUUGUCGUUGAAGUCCAAUAAUCCAGCUGUCUACACAACUAUCCAUCCUCUUUCUAGUCACCAAGGGAUUGUUUUCUGCUGACUCCAAGCACAUUAUUCUGCUUAAAUGGGUGAAAAUGGGUGAAAAAUGUAGUAAUACCGCACUUGAAUGAAAAACAUGCUCAACUUUAAUGAGGAGUCCUCCUUAGAAAUCUGUCACACUGUAGUGCAUGUUGCGCAUAAUGUCAUAUUCGUUAUUCUAUAAUUAAGGAAUGAGGCACGGGGGUGUGGUAUAUGGCCAAUAUACCACGGCUAAAGGCUUUUCUUUCUGGAUACAGGCCUUAGCUAUGGUAUGUUGGCCAUAUAGCGCAAAACUCUGAGGUAUCUUAUUGUUAUUAUAAACUGGUUACCAACUUACAUAGAACAGUAAAAAAAUAUUUUUGGGUCAUACCCGUGAUAUAUGGUCUGAUAUACCACAGCUUUCAGCCAAUCAGCAUCCAGGAGCCAAACUUCCCGGGUUAGUAAUACAAAACAAAGCUUGCAUCUGAAUUUUUUAGAGUCACAGCUCUAUAAUGGAUGGUAUUUUGAAUCUCAAUGAAAAAUACUGAUGAAUUUUAUAAUUUCUUUGACAGAGAUCAGUCAUUGAGCUCUUGUUGCCCUAAUGCACAUGGAGUUCAUUAGGCACCAAACAGAAGAAAACAGACAAACCGGGAGGGAAUAUAUGGACUUGUCCAAUUAUCUUUUGCUAAAUAUUCUCUGUUGCAUGGCCUAAUGAACACGACCAUGUUGUACACUUGUUCUUGAUGAUUCUUCAUAUUAUGCAUUGCUUCACUCCAUUUAUGCAUUUUUGUCAAAGGCAUCAACGCUGAUAUUGAUCUUUCUGUUUUAGCGCUGUGGUAUAUUUUCUUACCCAGGGAUUACAUUUUCUUAAUCAGAGCCAUUCAUUUUUUUAUAGCACUAUGUUUGUAUUGAGGUCAAUGUUGUUUGUAUGCCGACCAAUGUUUUUAAAUUGUAUAUGACUUUCUAACACCCUUUUUCAGUCUACCAAUGUGUAUAUUAAACAGAUAAUCCUAGCAUACCAUCAUUUAAAUGAAAAUAAAAGCUACCUCCAAUUUAUUCACUAUAA